AUGGACUUCCUGCUCCAGCUCCUCCUCCUGGCCUUACCCAUCCCAGCAGACCUGACCUCGUGGGGCGUCUCCAGUCCCGAGACCGUGAAGGGUAUGAAGGGGUCCUGCCUCGUCAUCCCCUGCACCUUCAGCUUCCCUGCCAGUGUGAAAGUGCCUGAUGGCAUCACAGCCAUCUGGUACUAUGACUACUCAGGCAGACGGCAGGUAGUGAGUCACUCUACAAACCCCCAGCUGGUGGAGGCCCGCUUCCAAGGCCGUGCCCAGCUGGUGGGGAAUCCUGAGCUUAAGGUGUGCAACCUGCUGCUGAAGGACCUGCAGCCUGAGGACUCAGGCUCCUACAACUUCCGCUUCGAGAUCAGCGAGGUCAACCGCUGGGUAGAUGUCAAAGGCACAGCAGUCACUGUAACGGAGGAGCUCAUCAUGCCCACCGUUGCCUCUCCGGCUGAGCUACAUGAGGGCAUGGAGGUGGACUUCAACUGUUCCACUCCCUACGCGUGCUUGCAGGAGCCGGUCACCCUGCGGUGGCAAGGCCAGGACCCUGCCCGCUCCAUCACCUCCACACUCCAGAAGCUUGAGCCCAUGGGCAUCCACCACCAGGAGACCCUCCACAUGGCCCUGUCCUGGCAGGACCAUGGCCGGACCCUGAGCUGCCAGCUCUCGGCGGCCAACCAUAGGACUCAGCGCGAGAUUCGCCUCCAAGUGCAGUAUGCCCCCAAGGGUGUGGAAAUCCUCCUCAGCCCCUCGGGGCGGAACAUCCUUCCAGGGGAUCUGGUCACACUCAUCUGCCAGGUGAACAGCAGUCACCCUCAGGUCAGUUCUGUGCAGUGGGUCAAGGAUGGGACGCACCUCAAAACCCGGAGUCGUGUACUACAGUUGCCCCGGGCAGCCUGGGCUGAUGCUGGCGUCUACACCUGUGAAGCUGGGAAUGGUGUAGGCUCUUCGGUCUCACCUCCUGUCAGCCUUCACAUCUUCAUGGCUGUGGUCCAGGUGAGCCCAGCAGGCUCGAUUCUGGAGAACCAGACUGUGACGCUGGCCUGCAACACACCGAAAGAAGCGCCCAGGGAGCUGCGCUACACAUGGUACAAAAACCACGGCCUGAUGAAGGACACCCACAGUCGCAUCCUCCAGCUGCACUCAGUCACCAGGGCCGAUACAGGCUUCUACUUCUGUGAGGUGCAGAAUGCCCAGGGCAGAGAGCGCUCUGACUCAGUCAGCGUGGUGGUCCACCACCCGCCCCUCACCCCACACCUGACUGCCUUCCUGGAGACGCAGGAGGGACUGGUGGGCAUCCUCCAGUGCUCAGUGGUCAGCGAGCCCCUGGCUUCUCUGGUGUUGUCACGUGAGGGCCUCAUCCUCGCCUCAACUUCCGGAGAGGGUGACCAGAGCCCACGCUUCAGUGUCUACUCUGCCCCAAACUCCCUGCGCCUGGAGAUUCGAGACCUGGGGCCAACUGACAGUGGGGAGUACACGUGCUCAGCCACCAGUUCCCUUGGGAAUUCAUCCGCCACCCUGGACUUCCAUGCCAAUGUGGCCCGCCUCCUCAUCAGCCCAGCAGCAGAAGUGGCGGAAGGGCAGGCAGUAACACUUAGCUGUAGAAGCAGCCUGAGCCCGAUGCCUGACACCCGCUUCUCCUGGUACCGAAAUGGGGCCCUGCUCCUCGAGGGGCCCAGCAGCAGCCUCCUGCUCCCUGUGGUCUCCAGCACUGACGCCGGCUCAUACCACUGUCGGGCCCAGGAUGGCCAUGGCACCAGCGGGCUCUCCUCACCUGCUGUCCUCACCGUCCUCUAUGCCCCACGCCGGCCCACGUUCACUGCCCAGCUGGACCCUGACACUGCCGGAGCCAGUCAGCGAGGCCUCCUGUUGUGCCGUGUGGACAGCGACCCCCCGGCCCAGCUGCGGCUGCUCCACAGGGGUCGCGUGGUGGCCUCUGCCCUCCCAUCAGGGGGCAGCUGUAGCGCCUGCGAGAGCUGUUCCCCACGCACAAAGGUUACCAGAGCCCCCAACCUGCUGCGGGUAGAGAUCCAAGACCCGGUGCUGGAGGACGAGGGCGUGUACCUCUGCGAGGCCAGCAAUGUCCUGGGCAACGCCUCUGCCUCAGCGAACUUCAAUGCCCAGGCCACCGUCCUGGUCAUCACACCGUCGCACACGCUGCAGGAGGGCACUGGAGCCAACCUGACUUGCAGGGUGAACCGGGAAGCUGGUGGCCCUGCCAACUUCACCUGGUUCCGAGAUGGGGCCCUGUGGGCCCAGGGCCCCCUAGAGACCCUGACGCUGCUGCCUGUGGCCAGAACAGAUGCCGCCCUGUAUGCCUGCCGCAUCCUCACAGAGGCCGGUGCCCAGCUCUCCACCCCUGUGGUCCUGCGAGUGCUCUACCCUCCAGACCCUCCAAAGCUGUCUGCUCUCCUGGAUGUGGACCAGGGCCACACGGCUGUGUUUGUCUGCACUGUGGACAGUCGCCCUCCCGCCCAGCUGGCUCUGUUCCACGGCGAGCACCUCUUGGCCACCAGCCUGGGGCCCCAGCUUCCAUCCCGUGGCCGCCUCCAGGCCAAAACCACAGCCAACUUCCUGCAGCUAGAGGUCCAAGACUUGAGCCUUAAGGACUCUGGCAGCUACCGCUGUGAGGCCAACACUACCCUGGGAUCAACUAACACUUCCCUUUUCUUCCAGGUCCGAGGAGCCUGGGUCCGGGUGUCACCAUCGCCUGAGCUCCAGGAGGGCCAGGCUGUGGUCCUGAGCUGCCAAGUACCCGCAGGGGUCCUGGAGGGGACCUCAUACCGUUGGUACCGAGAUGGACAGCCCCUCCAGGAGUUCACCUCAGCCACAAUCCAUUUUGCAGCCAUAACUUUGAGCCAAGCUGGGGCCUACCAUUGCCAAGCCCAGGCUCCUGGCUCAGCCACCACAAACCUGGCAGCCCCGGUCAGCCUCCAUGUGUCUUACGCCCCUCGCCAGGCCACACUCACUACCCUCAUGGACACAGGCCCUGGGCGACUGGGCCUCCUCCUGUGCCGUGUGAACAGUGAUCCUCCAGCCCAGCUACGACUGCUGCACGGGGACCACCUCAUGGCCUCUACCCUGCAAGGAGUGGGGGAGCUUGCAGGCAGCUCUCCCCGGCUACAGGUGGUUGUGGCCCCCAACACGCUGCGCCUGGAGAUUCACAAUGCAGUGCUGGAGGAUGAAGGCGUCUAUACCUGCGAGGCCACCAAUGCCCUGGGCCAGGCCUUGGCCUCAGCCACCUUUGAUACCCAAGCUGUGAGUGUGCAGGUGUGGCCCAAAGCCACCGUGCAGGAGGGACAGCUGGUGAACCUGACCUGCCUUGUAUGGACCACUCACGUGACCCAGCUCACCUACACAUGGUACCAAGAUGGGCAGCAGCGUCCAGAUGCUGCCCACUCCAUCACCCUCCCCAAUGUCACGGUCGUGGACGCCACCUCCUACAGCUGUGGCGUGUUGAUCCCUGGCCAGACACUCCAUCUCUCUAGGCCUGUCACCCUGGAUGUCCUCUAUGCACCCCGCAGCCUGCGCCUGACCUAUCUCCUGGAGAGCCGUGGCGGGCAGCUUGCCCUGGUGCUGUGCACCGUGGACAGCCGUCCACCUGCUCAGCUGGUCCUCAGCCAUGCUGGCCGUCUCCUGGCCUCCUCGACCACAGCCUCUGUCCCCAACACCCUGCAGCUGGAGCUGUGGGAGCCCGGGCCCAGCGAUGAGGGUCUUUACAGCUGCUCAGCCCACAGUCCUCUGGGUCAAGUCAACACAUCCUUAGAGCUGCGGCUAGAGGGCGUGCAGGUGACUCUGGCUCCGUCAGCCGCUGUGCCCGAGGGAGCCCCUAUCACAGUGAGCUGUGAAGACCCUGCUGCCCGCCCACCCACCGUCUAUGCCUGGUACCACAAUAGCCGUUGGCUGCAGGAGGGGCCAGAGGCCUCUCUCUCCUUCCCAGUGGUUACACGGGCUCACGCAGGAGCCUAUACCUGUCAGGUCCGGGAUGCCCAGGGUACACGCAGCUCCCGGCCCACAGCGCUGCAUGUCCUCUAUGCCCCCCGGGACGCCGCUGUGUCCUCCUUCUGGGACUCAAGGACCAGCCCCAUGGCUGUGGUACAGUGCACCGUGGACAGUGAGCCACCUGCUGAGCUGGCCCUGGCCCGCAAUGGCAAAGUUCUGGCCACCAGCAACGGCAUCCCUGGCUUGGCAGUGGAGACGGGCCAUGUCCAGGUGGCCCGCAAUGCCCUGCGGCUGCGAGUGCAAGCCGUGCCCUCAGGGGGUGAGGACACCUACGUCUGCACAGCUCGCAACUUGCUGGGCUCAGUCAGCACCACCUUGGGGCAGCUGCAGGCAGAAGGUGUGCAUGUGCUGGCCGAGCCAGGGCUAGAUGUGCCCGAGGGAGCAGCACUGAACUUGAGUUGCCAGCUCCCUGGUGGCCCUGGGCUCAUGGGCAACUCCACCUUCACUUGGUUCUGGAAUGGCCGGCAACUACACACGGAGCCUGUGCCCACCCUCGCCUUCACCCACGUGGCCCGCGACCACGCUGGGAUGUACCACUGCCAGGCUGAGCUCCCCACUGGGGCCACCGCCUCUGCUCCAGUCACCCUCCGCGUGCUCUAUCCCCCCAAGACACCCACGAUGACGGUUUUUGUGGAGCCUGAGGGUGGCAUCCAAGGCAUUCUGGACUGCCGAGUAGACAGCGAGCCCCUGGCCAGCCUGACCCUCCACCUUGGCAGUCGGCUGGUGGCCUCUAGCCAGUCCAAGAUUGCUCCUGCCAAGCCACACAUCCAUGUCUCAGUCACCCCCAAUGCCUUGAGGGUGGUCAUAGAGGAGCUGAGGCCCAGUGACCAGGGGGAAUAUGUGUGCUCCGCCUCUAAUUCCCUGGGCUCUGCCUCUGCUGCCACCUACUUUGGAACCAGAGCCCUGCACCGCCUGCAGCUGUUCCAGCAGCUCCUCUGGGUCCUGGGACUGCUGGCUGGCCUUCUCUGCCUACUGCUGGGCCUGGGGGCCUACUACACCUGGAGAAGGAGGCAUUUCCAGAAGCUGAGAGAGGGUGAAAAUUCAGUGGAGAUGGCUUCUCACAAGGAAACCAUGCAGGAGGAGGAAGUCACCAGAAUCUGUGAUGACUCGAGCCCUGUGAACAAUGCAGCAUUGGGUCCUGACUCCCUCUGA